AUGCUGCUUCUAGUUCUGUUGGCCUUUUCCGUAUCCAGUACAUUUUCUGACUUGGAUUCUGACCUCUCGGCGGAGACCUGCAGUGUGUGCUCUUGCAUGUCCAUCGAGAACGUCCUCUAUGUGAACUGUGAGAAGAUAACUGUGUACAGACCCACACAGCUGCUUCCCCCAGCCUCAAGCCUCUACCAUUUGAAUUUUCAAAAUAACCUAUUGAUCAUCCUUUACCCCAACUCCUUUCUCAAUUUCACCCAUGCAGUCUCGUUGCAGCUGGGGAAUAACAAAUUACAGAACGUAGAGGGAGGGGCCUUCUUUGGCCUCAGUUCAUUAAAGCAGCUGCACUUAAAUAACAACGAGUUAAAAGCACUCCGUGCUGACACUUUUGUGGGGAUCGAGAACUUGGAAUACCUCCAGGCUGACUAUAACUUGAUCAAGUACAUUGAAAAAGGAGCCUUCAACAAACUCCAUAAGCUAAAAGUCCUAAUUCUCAAUGACAAUCUCGUCCAGAGCCUUCCUGACAAUAUUUUUCGCUUCGCCUCUCUGACCCAUUUGGAUAUAAGGGGAAAUAGGAUUCAAAAGCUACCUUAUCUUGGUGUUUUGGAACACAUUGGACGUAUAGUGGAAUUGCAGCUGGAUGACAACCCAUGGAAUUGCACUUGUGAUUUGUUACCACUGAAAGCCUGGCUUGAGAAUAUGCCCUAUAACAUUUUUAUUGGGGAGGCUAUAUGUGAAACCCCCAGUGAUCUUUACGGCAGGCUCCUGAAAGAAACUAACAAGCAAGAGCUAUGCCCCAUGGGAACAGGUAGUGACUUUGAUGUAAAGAUGCCCCCUUCCCAGCCAGAUAACGGACAGAUAACAUCUAACCUGGGCCCCACCACUAUCGCACCCAUAGCCACCAAAGCUCCUAAAACAACAAACCCUUCUAAGAUCUAUGGUAAUGGCAUUGUAGCUGGUUUACCCCCAGGCAGAAUUAAUCCGAUAGUCUCUUAUCAGACCCGAACCCCCCCUCUGUCUUGCCCACAGCCUUGCACCUGCAAAGCCCACCCUUCUGACUUUGGCAUAAGUGUCAGCUGCCAAGAGAGAAAUGUCAAAAAUCUCGCUGAUCUCAUCCCCAAACCUCAAAAUGCCAAGAAGCUGCACCUGAGUGGCAAUUACAUCAGAGACAUAAGCCCGGUGGACUUCCAAGGCUUCGAAGGUUUAGAUUUAUUGCAUUUGGGCAGUAAUCAAAUAGUCACAGUUCAGAAGGGCGUGUUUUCUAAUCUGACCAACCUGCGCAGGUUGUAUCUUAAUGGCAAUCAGGUGGAACAGCUGCACCCUGAGAUGUUCCUGGGCCUCACCAACCUCCAGUACCUGUAUCUGGAAUAUAAUGCCAUCAAAGAGGUGCUGGCUGGUACUUUCGACUCCAUGCCAAACCUGCAGCUGUUGUACCUGAAUAACAACGUGCUGAGGAGUCUGCCUGCAUACAUCUUUGCUGGCGUUUCCCUUGCCAGGCUCAACCUCAAAAACAACCACUUCAUGAACCUGCCCGUAAGCGGUGUGCUUGACCAGCUGCGGUCCCUGACUCAGAUAGACCUGGAGGGCAACCCCUGGGAAUGUUCCUGUGACCUGGUGGCCCUCAAACUGUGGCUGGAGAAGUUGAGCGACGGAGUGGCUGCCAAGGAGGUCAAGUGCGCCUCCCCAGUCCAGUUCUCCAACAUUGAGCUCCGACUGCUGAAAAACGAGAUCCUCUGCCCCAAGCUCAUUGCAAGACCCCCCUUCAUCCUGACCAGCGCCACCCCAGUGGCCACCUCCAUGUCCCCUGCAGGGGUGGGAAAAGCCCCCCCCGGAGGCCCGGUUCCUCUCUCUAUCAUGAUCCUUAGCAUUCUGGUGGUGCUGAUCCUCACUGUGUUUGUGGCCUUCUGCCUACUGAUCUUCGUCCUGCGGAGGAACAAGAAGCCGGCGGGCCGCCAGGAAGGCAUGGGGAACCAGGAGUGUGGCUCAAUGCAGCUUCAGCUCCGCCGGCACAAUAAGUCCAGCAAGAAGGAUGACCUUGGAGGGGAGACCUUUAUCCCCCAGACCAUCGAGCACAUGAGCAAGAGCCACACCUGCGGAAUCCGUGACUCGGAUUCAGGGUUUAAGUUUGGCGACUCACAGAGGCAGAAGAUCAUCCUGAGAAACAGUGCUGACAAAGAUAAGGACUCACUCCCUCUAGACCCUCGGAACAAGAGACUCAGCACAAUAGACGAGCUGGACGAGUUAUAUCCUGGUCGGGAUUCCAAUAUGUUUAUUCAGAACUUUCUAGACAGCAAAAGGGAUUUUAACAGUAUAGGUAUGAGUGGGUUUGAGAUCCGUUACCCUGAGAAACCACUGGACAAAAAGAUGAAAAAGUCUCUCAUAGGGGGAAACCAUAGCAAGAUAGUGGUGGAGCAGAGGAAAAGCGAGUAUUAUGAACUCAAGGCAAAACUUCAAGGUACGCCUGACUAUCUGCAGGUGUUGGAGGAACAGACUCAGCUGAGUAAAAUGUAGGCUAUUUAUCCAUUCAUAUCACACCAACCCCUGACACACACACAUGCACACAUGCACGCACACACACACACACACACACACACACACACACACACACACACACACACACACACAUUACAAAAGUGCCUUCUGGAAAUCCUCUGACCAAUGGAGAACUGUACAAGAGUGCUUCUGUGAGAUAGUAUCAGUAUGAGAAUCAAUGUCUGUGUUGCAAUUACAAACCUUUGGGGAUUGACGCCAUUCUGACAUGUAUGAAUAUCACAUCAUACCACGAGACACCCUUAAGAGACAGAAUUGCUGCUAAUGAAAUUGGUACUCGUUCAUUCUUUUUUCCAACCAAAUCAGUGGGUUAUGAAAACAAUGUUGAGUGUACCUCAUCAUGACCCCUUAACAGGGGUUGGUUGAUUUUUUGUGGAUCAAAGUAUUUUGGAUGAAUUAACACUAUCAGGAUCAGUGACUGACAUUUCCCCCUGGAAUAUACAGUAUUGGGAUCUCCCAACCCUGCAGACUCACACUACCUGUUGGAUCAUACCACUGUUGGUUAUAGGGGGUCUCUAAAGCCUUUGUUUUCAUUUAGAGAGGAGGCACUUCAAAACUAAUGUGGAAUGAUUCUAUUACUUGUUUGUGUAAAGAGCCAUGUUAAUAGUGUUUGAAUGAGAUUGUGUUUCCCUUCCUCUUGGUGUAUUUGGGUAUGGCACACCGUCGGGACAUUAUUUUAAAGCCCAAGAGAAAAGAGCUGCUUGCCAUGUAAGCGUAUCUGGAUUUAUUUUGUAAGUCUGCAUUAUUUGUAUCUGUGCGACAGUUUGUAAAUUACAACAUAAGACAAAACUACACCGUGAAAAAGAGACUAUACUGGAAAAAGAAAAAGUCCA